GGGGCGGGGUUUUGUUGGAGGCAAAAACCCUGAAAGGGGCUGUUGUUGUUUGCAGUUAAAACCGAGGUCGGACUAUAAACUUGAUUGCUUUUAACUGUGAAAAGGACAGAAAUAUCAAGGAGAGCAAACAUGGAUGCAGGUGAAGACCAAAACACAGGCAACACCAAUGGAACUCCUCAGACAAGUGGGAACUCCCGUGCGCCCCAGAUAGCCCACAUGUCUCUAUAUGAGAGACAGGCUGUACAGGCUCUCCAAGCGCUUCAACGACAACCAAAUGCAGCUCAGUACUUCCAGCAGCUCAUGCUGCAGCAGCAGAUCAAUAGUGCCCAACUCCAUAACUUGGCCGCUGUGCAACAGGCCACCCUUGCAGCAAGUCGACAGUCCAACACCCCAAGUAACAGCAUGUCCCAAGCGCCCACCACUGUCAACCUAAGCACUACGUCUGCAGGCGGGACAAUGACUAAUCCCCGUCCCCACGGCCCAGCCACCUCUGCAACGACUCCAGCUCUCAACCAGUCUGUGUUGCUGGGUGGAAACUCGGCAGGACAGGGACAGAUGUAUCUUAGGGUCAACCGCUCUCUCAGGGCUCCCCUUGCUUCUCAGCUCAUCUUUAUGCCUGGUGGUACAGCAACAGCUACUGUAGCAACCGUUGCCCAGACACAGCCUCAGCAGCAGCAGCAGCAACAACAGCAUCAGCAUGAAGUUGCUCCUUCCACUGCCAGUGCCCAGUCUGACAAUGAUCAGGUGCAGAACCUGGCCCUUCACUGCGCUUCCACUCCCAGAGUAGUUGCUGUCAAGUCUGAACUUCCAGAGAGGAAAGAUGCUGCCAGCUUUCCUCUCGGUCAGCAGCAGCAGACUUUCCCCCAGACGGCUCAGCAGCAGCAAGUACAACCACAACAGCUACAACAAAUGGCCAAACCCAACUUUACUCAGCAGUCCACUGCCAACACUAUGACUGUAAAAACUGGAAACCAGGCUACAAUGACUGUUACUCCUGCUGCUUCUGUAGCUCCCUCCUCCACCUCCUCUCCAGCACUCCCUCUCUCCCAGCUCCUCUUGUCCCCCUCUGCUGCCCCUGUGAUCUUGGUGCCAACCUCAAAUGUUCCUACCUCUACCCAGGGCUACCCCAUCGGCUCAGUGGCCCCAAAAGCCAACGUUAACACACAGACUCUUGUGGUGCAGCCGCUACAACAGGCCAGCACUAUUGCAGACAAAGGCCCUGUGCCUAUCCAGCCUAAGACAGCUCAGGGACACCGCUUACCUGUGCAGCUGCCUCCUAGACACCCACCUCCCAUUCUCCCAGCGCCACCUAGCAACACCCAGGCCACCACUGUGGGACACAACCCUCCCCACAUCCCUGUGCAUUUUGUGGGAGCCAGGCAGGGCUUGGCAGGCAAUGCACAGGCUGUGGCCUUGGCACAGGCACGAACCAGCACAGCCCAGGAAAGCACACCUGCUGGGAAUAUUAAUGCAGUCUCCAACAACAGUGCUGUGACAAAGCCUGCCAUUGGCUCUCUGAAGAGAAAAUCUGACUGUGAUGCACCGAACGAGAUGGCGACAGAAUCUUCAGACUCUGCACCAAUGAAAGAUUCUGCUCCUCCCUUGUCUCCUGCCCCUACAAAGGACUCAGCGCCUCCUGUGGCUGCUGCGUUCUCAUCUCCUCCCACCCUGUCCUUACCUCUGCCCUUGUCAAGAGUUGGGCAUGGGGACAAAGACAGAGCACCUGUUCCCCAGGCAGUGGUCAAACCUCAAGUUCUCACCCACCUCAUAGAAGGCUUUGUUAUCCAGGAGGGAGCUGAACCCUUCCCUGUUGCUGGACUCCUCAAAGACAGAGAUUUUGCUCUGGUUGGCCGCUCAGAAAACGGACCUCCAUUGUUGAAAUGUGAAUACUGUGGAAGCCUCGCUCCAGCCAGCCAGUUCAGAGGAUCAAAGAGGUUCUGUUCAAAUACUUGUGCUAAGAGGUAUAAUGUAAGUUGCAGCCAACACUUCAAGACAAGCAGGGGGAGAAGUGCUGCAGGCUUGGCGUCACCUCCGGCACCCUCUGAGAGUGCUGCUAGGCGCAGGGGCCCCGCUCGCAGGAACAGUUCUAAUACCGCUUGUAAUAAAAUAUCAAGCAGGCAUCCGCCUGUCAAGUGUCACUCUGAGUCCAGUCGCUCAGAUGAUGUGUCCAGCGAUGGAGAAGGAGAGGAUGAUUCUCCUUCACUUUCCCCGAGUUCUUCACACUCCUGCUCUAGAGCUGACCACAGCGCUCCUCAGUCUGACAGCUCAGCCCCUGGUAGCAUCCCACAGGAGGGCGCUAAUUUUCUCUCAGCAACUCCUGCUCAGUGGAGCGUUGAGGAAGUCUUCAGGUUCAUCUCUUCACUUCAAGGCUGUGAAGAGCUGGCGGCCCAGUUUCUGUCACAGGAAAUAGACGGGCAGGCUCUCCUGCUUCUGCGAGAGGACCAUCUCAUCUCCACCAUGAAUAUCAAGCUGGGUCCUGCUCUCAAGAUCUGUGCCUCCAUCAACAGCCUGCGUGAGUGAUGAGGUCAGUGAUUCAGGGGGACACUAGGAUCGUUUUCUCGCUGAUGAUUUCUUACUAGAAUCAAUACCUGGACUUGCUCCUCUAUUAGUAAGAAGUUAAAACCUAAGACUGAGAUCUCCAGGGACAAUGAUGAUGUUUUUUUUGUUUUGUUUUGUUUUUUUACAAAAUAAUGGUGUUCCAUCAAACUUGUGGAGACAUGGAGAUGGACAGUUUACUUUCUGGACGUUGAAUGUGCAAAAAACAUGUUGUAUGCAUACUGUUAUGUGUGAGUGGUGAGCAUGGACAGUCUGAAAUACCGAUGUCAGUAGUGUUGGUCACUUUUUUUCUGUCACUGUGAGUAGAGACCUUUUGUAUCUAUACUAUACUCCAGCCUGCAGUAAUCGGUGCUAGGUCUUCUAUCUAGGACAGUUCACCCGUUGGGAAAAAGAAA